CGUUUGCUCCUGCAGGCGGUGCGGGAAACUACGCAUGAGAUAUGCCGCGUCGUCACAAAGAUGUGAGCUUCCGGAAUGAAUUUUGGAGUCGACGCCUUUUAUCCUCCGGAACGACGCCCUGAAGUCGAUCACAUACAUACUCUCACGGGCAAAUGGAAGGAGGAUGUGACGCAUUUAAUCUCCUGGUUGGACUGGAGCGUGUGGGUGAAGUGCCGACCGGCAUGUGGUUUCGAGGAGAUGUGCUAUUUGCCUACUUGGCCCUUUGGGUUCCCAUCAGCCAGCGCACCACUUCAAGCUCAAUGGGACAGUGGUUCAUUAUGGCCAGGCCCAAACAAAGGGGAAUGGAAGAGACCACAGUCCAAGUGCAUCAGACGACGGGAGCCAUAUAGUUUUUAGGAUACAU